AAAUACCUCAAAAAACGACUGCAGAAAUUUUGGUUAAUAUAGCUCUUUUGGUUUGCGAGAUAUGUACAAAAAACCUAUUAGGGACCACGCCCACUUCACAAAAAAAAUACAUCCAAAUCUGCCCCUUCAUAGUGCGAUCCUUCAUACCAAAUUUUAUUUCCAUAGCUUUAUUUAUGGCUUAGUUAUGGCACUUUAUGUGUUUUCGGUUUUCGCCAUUUUGUGGGCGUGGCCGAUUUUGCUCAUUUUCGAAAGCAACCUUCCUAUGGUGCCAAGAAACAAGUGUUCAAAGUUUCAUCAAGAUAUCUUAAUUUUUACUCAAGUUACAGCUUGCACAGACGGACGGACGGACGGACAAACAGACAUUCGGAUUUGAACUCCACUCUUCACCCUGAUCUCUUUGGUAUAUAAAACCCUAUAUCCAACUCGUUUAGUUUUGGGUGUUACAAACAACCGUUAUGUGAACAAAACUAUAAUACUCUCUUUAACAACUUUGUUGCGAGAGUAUAAAAACACCGAAUUUAAGGUGAAUGGGUGACAGAAACAGCAAAAAAGAGAUGACUUGAGGCUUGGCGCACAGAAUGCAGCAAACAAUUGUACAAACAUUAGAAUAAUAAAUAAAAGUUUAGGCAAUUUAUUUACAGUAAAACAAACACAUUUCUUAUUUUGAUGGUUUAAUGCGAUGUUUAACACCGGCUUAUGCAACAAACAUAUGUUUCUAUAUUUGCACAAUUUUUUCGCCCAUUCUUGAACUCCAUAAAAAGGUCAAAUUUUGCAAAAAUCUUUUCAAUGCUGUUAGUACACUCUAGUCCCUAAAACCGUAAGCGCAAUAUGAAUCUGCCAAAUCAACUCGCAUUUCUUUUGCUGAUCCACUGCCUUUAUAGCACCACGGAUGCACAGCUUCGCAUUGUCAGCGGCCAGCAAACGACAAUCUCAAAAAAACCAGGUACGUUGGCGUUGACGAGGUACCGAAAAUAUGUGUGUGCCGCUACGCUGAUAACCGUACAACAUGCGCUAACGGCAGCGCACUGCCUGUACCGCGUUCCUCCCGAGGUAAUCAUUUUAAUCGGAGGCGUUACCGAUUUACGGGACCGCCGUAGUGGACAGCGUCGACGUGUAGAGCGUAUGUGGUAUCCACGAGCUUACAAUCCCACAACCAAAACUAUGGAUGUUGGCGUGAUCAAGAUGGUCCGACCCAUGGUACUCGGUCCGAGUGUGGCAAUUAUACCGCUUGCCGCUACCCGAGCUCCAGGUGGCGCACGCAUUAAUGUCAGUGGCUGGGGAACAUUAAGAGCUGGCCAAAAGAAGGGUGUAAAUAUUUUGCGUACCGUCGAUCUAACGGUGGUGCCACUGCGCACUUGUGCGGAAAAGUAUCGAAAAUUUUUGAGAUUAACGAACACAAUGAUGUGUGCCGGACAUGGCGGCAAAGAUAAGUGCUCUGGUGACUCUGGCGGACCGGCUAUUAAUUCAAAUGGUGAGCAAUGUGGAAUAGUGUCAUUUGGCAAAGGUUGUGGGCUUCCCGAUUUUCCAGGUGUCUACACAGAUAUUCUUUCAGUGCUACCGUUCAUUAGGCGUUGUAUUGCACCAUCGAAGGUGAAGGUGCGAACCAUGAAGCUGCCAUAUCAACUCGCAUUUCUUUUGCUGAUCCACGAGUUCUAUGGCACUACGGUCGCACAGCUUCGCAUUGUCGGUGGCAAGAAAACGACAAUCUCAAAACGACCAGGUACGUUGGCGUUGACGAGAUCCGGAAAAUAUGUCUGUGCCGCUACGCUGAUAACCCCGCAACAUACGCUCACAGCAGCGCAUUGCCUGUACCGCGUUCGUCCCGACCAAAUCAUUGUCAUCGCAGGCGUUACGGAUUUACGGUACCGCCGUAGUGGACAGCGUCGACGUGUAGAGCGUAUGUGGUAUCCACGAGCUUACAAUCCCACAACCAAAACUAGGGACGUUGGCGUGAUCAAGAUGGUCCGACCCAUGGUACUCGGUCCGAAUGUGGCAAUUAUACCGCUUGCCGCUACCCGAGCUCGAGCUGGCACACUCAUAAAUGUCAGCGGCUGGGGAACAUUAAGAGAUGGCCAACAGAAUGGUGUAAAUAUUCUGCGUACCGUCACUCUACCGGUGGUGUCGCUGCGCAGAUGUGCGAAAAAGUAUCGCAAAUUUUUGAGAUUAACGAACACAAUGAUGUGUGCCGGACAUGGCGGCAGAGACGCGUGCUCUGGUGACUCUGGCGGACCGGCUAUUAAUGCUAAUGGUAAGCAAGUUGGAAUAGUGUCGUUUGGGAAAGGUUGUGGGCUUCCCGAUUUUCCAGGUGUCUACACAGAUAUUCUUUCAGUGCUCCCGUUCAUUAGGCGUUGUAUUGCACGUUAAGGGCGCAAAUGAAAUUUUUAAUUGUAAUAAAAUUAAAAAUAAAAAAGUACCUUAUAAGCAUGCUAUUGACUUGUUGAUAUUUUUACAACCGAGAUUUUGUGUAAAUAAAAGCUCUAUAUACAUAUAUAUUGUGAAUAAUUAGAGGAGAUAAUAGAUGUCACCAGGUUUUGCAUGAAACAAUUGUCGCAUUGUUGGCAAUUCUGAGUAGCGUUUAAGAUUAAACUCGAGUUUGUUAAUUACCCAAAAG